AUGGCGGACGAAGAGGCCGAACAAAACCUCAGCGCACAGACCGAUACCAGUGCAACGAUUGUGGCACUCCGAGAGAAAUUGCUAAAAUUAGCAAUUGCACUGAAGAACAGUACGGACUCGCCGACUCAGUCGUCUACUCAGUAUUGUCAACACUUUUGCCAGACUCUGGUGGAGUAUGCUGGUCGAUGGAGGAUGGAGGAGGAGCCCCUGCCCCUGGUGGAGGUGUAUACAGUGGCCCUGCUGAGCUAUGCCCAGGCCUCCUCCUGCCUCUCCUCUCAGUGUGAAAACGUCCCCCUCGUACUUGAACGUCUCUCACUGAGCUGUGUAGAGCUGCUGCUCUCCCUGCCAGAACACUUCCCAGAUGCCUUGUGGGAAGAGUUCAAGUCAUCUGUUCAGUCAGCACACUCCCAGCUGCAGGAGAAUGGCAUCACACAGCUGGCCCUCCUGUCUGCUGUGGCUCAGGAGACUGGUGUGUGGACAAACAGCACCCUGCAUAGUCUCCUCUCUAAUGAGUCUCCACAAACAGAGGAGGUUCACAAGUUCCUUCAACUUGAGGGACCCAUUCUGCUGGAGAUGAGAGUAAAGCACCUUAUCAAGGAGAACCACAUGGAGAGGGCUGCACUGCUGGCAAGGGUUUGUGCAGAGUGUCCCGAGUUUGAAGGAAAAGGGCACUUUAAGCAGAUGUACCUGGUCUGCCUGUGCUCUGCCUCAGCACAGGAACCACUAAUGGAGGAGCUCUCCGAGGUUGAUUGCCGUGAUGCACUAGAAAUGAUCUGUAACCUGGAGUCGGAAGGGGAUGAGAGGGGAGCCUUCAGCUUAUGCUCAGCCUUUCUAACACGUCAGCUUCUCCAAGGAGACACUUAUUGUGCCUGGGAGCUGACACUGUUUUGGAGCAAACUGCUGAAGCGGAUGGAGUCAUCUGAAGAGACGUUCCUGGACAGAUGUCGUCAGAUGUCUUUGCUGUCCACAACGGUCUUCCACAUCCUCUUCUUCAUCAAAGUCAUUCAAUCAGAGGUGGGUAAGGUUGGACUGCCAGUGUGUGUUGACAUGUGCAUACAGGCUCUACAGUUGGAAUCAAGUGACGCAAACAACAAGGCCACCAUUUGCAAAACCAUCUCAUGUUUGCUGCCCACUGAUCUGGAGGUAAAGCGGGCCUGCCAGCUGACAGAGUUCCUCCUGGAACCCACAGUGGACUCCUACUACGCCGUGGAGACUCUGUACAACGAGCCAGACCAGAAGCUGGAGGAGGAGAAUCUUCCUGUGCCCAACUCGCUCCGCUGUGAGCUCUUGCUGGUGUUCAAGACCCAGUGGCCUUUUGACCCUGAGUUCUGGGACUGGAAGACACUGAAGCGUCACUGCCUGACCCUUAUGGGUGAGGAGGCCUCCAUUGUGUCCUCCAUUGACUUGCUGAAUGACAAUGAGAUCCCAGAGGCCCCUGAGGAGGAGGAGGAGGACACAACCCAGGGUGAGGAAGUGUUCAGAGACGUCACGGACUACUUCGUGGACACCACACAUGAACUGAAUGAAAUAACCGAUAAAAGACAGAAAAUCCGAGAGACAAAGAAACUGAGAGAGAAAGGGUUCAUCUCGGCCAGGUUUCGAAACUGGCAGGCAUACAUGCAGUACUGUGUUCUGUGUGACAAGGAGUUUCUGGGGCACAGGAUUGUACGUCAUGCACAGACUCACUACAAAGAUGGACUUUAUAGCUGCCCGAUAUGCGCGGAGACCUUUACCUCAAAAGACAUAUUGGAACCACACGUGGCAUCACACGUAAAGCUAUCAUGCAAGGAAAGACUAGCUGCAAUUAAAACAAAUAAAAAAUUAGCUAAUCCCAAAACGGCUGCUCCUGUUAUUGCGGCUCUGAAAGCUAAGACUGAAAAUCUACUUCGGAAAAAAGAUGCAAACAGCGAUUCCCAAGAACACAAUGGGGAGUCGCUUCAGACAGAAUCAGUUCAGACCAAAGUCUAUGGACUUAAGACCGAAAGCAGCACUGAGGAAAACACAUGCCCUGUUGCAAACUGCAAAAAAGGAUUCAAGUAUUUCCGAAAUCUUCUUGUUCAUGUGAAAGCACAUAGAGAUAACGAUGAAGCAAAGCGCUUCCUUGAAAUGCAGAACAAAAAGGUGAUUUGUCAGUAUUGUCGUCGCCAAUUUGUUAAUGUCACCCACCUUAACGAUCAUUUGCAAGUGCACUGUGGUGUCCGACCCUACAUUUGCAUACAGUUGAACUGCAAGGCCAGCUUUCUCUCCAACACAGAGCUGCUUGUACACAGAAAAGAACAUGUCGUAUUUAAAGCCAGAUGCAUGUUUCCUAGAUGUGGGAAGAUUUUCAAUGAAGCGUAUAAGCUUUACGACCAUGAGUCACAGCAUUACAAAACUUUCACCUGCAAAGUCCCUAACUGUGGAAAAGUGUUCCAUUCUCAGUCACAGUUGGAUCUGCACCAGGAGGAACAUGUCACAAAAGAGGUGGAAUACCCAGCUACAGACACUGACCUUUCUCAUUUUCUGGACCAGAGGAUGCUUUCUGAUCAGGCUUCCUUCUCAGAGGAUGUUGUUGAGGCUUCUCAUCCAUCAGCAUCUGUUGAGGUGAAGCACUCGAUUGACAACCUGCUGAAUGCUUCUCAAGGUCCUGUUGAGAAUGAUCGACGAUACAUGAUUCAAAAUCACCUCACCAGACCCUCAGCCUCAACACAGUCCAGCAGCAACAAGUAG